GAACUUCUUUGAUUCAACCGACAGAUACUCGGAAACUAAAGGGUAUUUGACCAGACCAUCACUAAGCUGACAAAUUUAACAUUAAUAAGUUAUCUAUCACUGGCAAAAGCAAUUAAAGUGCAGCUAACUUAUUGUACACAGUCGUAAAUUACUUUAAUCUAGACAGAAGGAACAAAAACCCAUUAUCCAUGUUAUCGAGGUGCAGACUUUGUCAAUAAUUGGCAAUCAAGUUCCAAACAUUUAUUCAUGUGGGUAUGAACAUAGCUUGGCUCUGAUUUUAAAGGUCAUGUUGAUAUUCUUCACAAACAUACGACAACUCUUUAGAUUUUAAUUUACUCCAGUCUUACCUCAUGGUCAGACUUCCAGAGUACUUAGAAUUAUAACAUUUCUGAUAAGGAAAAGGUUUGCAGAAAACAUUCAAAACAAUGCAAACACAGCAAGGAGGACUUGAUUUCAGAGGAGAGAUUGAGUUAUGAUGUUAAAAGUUAAAAGGGGAAAGCAGCAUCGUCUGUACGAAGAAAUGUAAAAUAUAUCUCAUUAUUUCCAUUAUUUUAGACAAAAAGUCGAUGAUGUAUAGUUAACUUAUCAAUAACUAUUUCAUUGCUGUUGAGUUGUUAAUUAAAAGAAGGAUCUCAAAGUCUACUGGACUUUGUAACAACACUAACAACGAUAACAUGAUCGAACUGUUUUUAUUCCGUAACCCUCUUUCUGAUAAUUUUUUUCACUAUUUUCUUUUUCAACUUUAUCUCUAGCUCUUAAAAAUCCGUCUCCCGUCCUUCCCCUAAGAGUUUUUAGGCCCCUCAGACCAAAAGUGUUGUCCUCAAAUGCAUUUUGAUUUAAAUGAAAUUCAACUUCGUUUAUUUCUACAGCUUGUUGUAAUCAUAAAAGGAAGCGAGGUUUAUUUUUCCAAAUGUUGUCAAACGUUCCCACUUAUUCAAGGCCAUACUUAACGGCUGAUCUCAAGGAUGGCCUUUCAAACUUUCCAAAUAAACAAAGCAACACGAGAAUCCGGAGAUGAACAUUUACCGCGCAUUCUCAGAACUGAGAUCUUCCCCAGAUCACAGCCUCACGCAAGGAAUGAAACUGUAAAAGUUGACUUUGACCACGACAUAGUCCAAGUAGAAAUGGAGUCGACGAAGAUCGUUUUCCUUGCCCUGGUAUUUAUUACGCUGAAAAUGCCUACAGCUGCCUCUGCAACAAAUUCAUCUACACCAAGGUUUAGGAUAAGCCAUGCGACAUUCUUGAUCAAGCUUAUCAUUAUUCCUGCGAUACACAACGCCACUAUUCAGAUGAAGUUGCUAUACCCUUUCCUUACUUCGUCGGACUAUUUUUACGAGCCGCUCAUUACUUUUGGUCUCGAUCUUGGGAAAGACUGCACCAAAGAGAAGGAAGUGGGAAAGAAGCUGAGCGCGCUGCACUCACAGGUAGCUGUUUUCCAGCGCCCUUUGAACUUCGUCGUAAUGUACGAAAGUUCUCAAGGACGUAAUCACACUAGCUUGGCAUCAGUUCUGAGGACGACGAGUUUGAUGGUGAAUGCCACAGUAUCUUUUAUCAGACGUCAGAUGAGACAAAAGGGAAUCUUGCCCCCAGAAUACCCUGUAAUAUCUGAAGCUGAAGUCAAUAACAUGACAGAUUCUUACCUGAAAAACUUAAUUCAAAGGAAUCUCGUGACAUUGACGGUAACAGAUGAUGUCGUGAAAAGGUUGCGGAACUUCAUAAUCUUAUACACGCUCCACGACGUCUCGAAACAGGUUUCGCCCUGUACUUACUGCAUGACUUCAAAGAAAAAGUAAAGUCAAGAAAACUUCCUAAAAUUAAUAUAGACGCUUUAAUUUCUAUCUGAAUAUAGUAUGCUGAAUGUGCUAGGUAUAUCAGACCUCACAGCUUACCGCGGUUAGUUCACCCCUUGAGAUGUAAGGUAGCAAAGUUAAUCAAGUUUGUGGGAAAAUACAUUAAGGAUUAUGAGCUGAAAAAUAAUUGCUUGAAAUGCAUGCUACACAUGAUUUGUACAAAAUUCCGUGUAAGUGAUACUUAAAGUUUUAAUUAAUUUAAAAUGAGACGAGGAGCUAUCGUUCAGUGGCCUAGUAUCUUUGAACAUGAUGCAAGCUUGACAAAAAGAUGCUUUCGCCCAUUUAAUCAAUCAAUCAAUCAAUCAAAGUUUAUUGUCUAACGUGAGGCAUGGUUGCCCAAUUGCCCGAGCCAGAGGCUCAUGUAUAAAACGGUAGACCAAAUUUAGAUAAUGGUUUAGCGUUUGUGACCGAUGGUGCAUAACACUGUGACAGACACUCAAAGACAUGGGAUAGUGUAACGCUCUUCUUGUGAGUUUUGAUCAAUGUUAUGAGAUCAAACAUUACAUAUUUUGAUAAACAUCUUUUGAGAACUGACGCUAACUGCGACGCUUGUUUUAAAAUUCAAACGAGGCCGCAGAGCUUCCCUCUGCGUUAGUAUCAUUUUGUGUUUUUGAGAUUACUGAUUUAUAGGUAGUAACGCUUUAUGUGAUCAUCCUUGAAAGUGCGGAAGAAGUAAUUAGGUCCUCCGAAGCGCGAAGACAGGCGGUAUACCGAAACGGUUCGAGGUUUUUAUCGAGUUCUCUCAAAGUCACUUUUUAUGAUUAAACACAACUAUUUCUGGUGAUGUAUUUCUCCUAAAGUGAUGAAUUGAUAGGAUACGUUUUGUGGUUUAAUACUGGCUUCUAGCCAGUAUUAGUAAGUGCCUUUUAGGAAGAUAAACAACGACCGUGACCGAAUUUUAAGUAAGAAGGGGCGUUUAACUCAAGAGAAUGUGCUCCUUUGAGGAAAAGAUCAAAAUUCAUCAAUCACGAAUUUUUGGUCCAUCCGUCUAUGUGAAAGCAUACACGUGCUGAGAUCGGAUUGUAAGUCGGGUCAUCAAAAAAUUCUGAACAAACGGUAUUUUACGUAAACAAAUAUAAAGAUCAGGGCCCAGUUGUCUAAAGGUCGGAUAACGCUAUCCGCCAAGGGACAAAUCGCUAUCGAGCGGAUAAAUGAGAGCAAGACGUACUGCGUUAUCCCCUGUUUAGCGAUUAAUCCAAUGGAUAGCAUUGUCAAACCUUCGAACACCCCGGGCUAGACGAUUAUUUCUGUAAAUAAAAUACUUCCAUUAAAAAACAGCUUGCUUCGCAUCGAUAAUUAAUUCAGAAUUCAGAAACUAUUAUAUUAUCACAUUUCCAGUUUCUCCUUCUGCUUCCUUGUGAUCUCAUACUUCAGUUUCAUAACAUGAUCGGAUGUAUUUUUUCAUAUACAUAAAUAAUUUUCAAAUAACCACCAGAAAUAGUGUUGACAAAUUAACAAUAUUAUUAAAGAUUUUACGAAGUGCCA